AUGACGACGUCGUCCUCGAGCGAUGGCUUUUACGCCGAACUCACGAAUGCCGAGGGGGGGGCGCUUCGGUACGCCGUCAACGGCGCGUGGCGCGCGUCGAGCAGCGACGCGACGGUGGAGAGCGUGAAUCCGUCGCGGGCGAACGCGCGGGCGAACGCGUUUCAGGCGUGCACGCGAGCGGAGGUGGACGAGGCGUUCGCGGGCGCCAGGGCGGCGCAGGGGCCGUGGGCGAGAACGCCUCUGCACGAACGAGCGAGUCUGUUGCAUCGCGCGGCGACGUUAAUGCGGGAGAACGCGGGGGGGAUGGUGUCCGCACUGAUGAUCGAGGUGGCGAAGGGGGCGAAGGAGAGCGCGACGGAGGUGGAGCGGUCGGCGGACCUGAUCGAUUACACCGCCGAGGAGGGCGUGCGGAUUCUGGGUAGGGGGGAUCUGUUGAUGAGCGAUUCGUUCCCUGGGAACGAUCGUAAUAAGAUUUGCAUGGCGAGCAACGUGCCCGUCGGGGUCGUUUUGUGCAUUCCGCCGUUUAAUUAUCCGGUGAAUUUGUGCGUGAGCAAGGUGGCGCCGGCGCUCAUCGCCGGAAACGCGGUCGUCGUGAAGCCGCCCACCCAAGGGUGCACGGCGACGCUACACAUGAUUCACUGCUUCAUCAAGGCUGGAUUUCCCCCGGGGUUGAUUCAGGCGGUGACGGGACGUGGUGGCGAAAUCGGUGAUUAUUUAACGACGCACCCGUUGGUGAACGCGAUUUCCUUCACGGGAGGCGAGACUGGGAUUCGCGUCGCCCAAAAGGCAGGUAUGGUCGCUUUACAAACGGAGCUCGGGGGUAAAGAUGCGUGCAUCGUGCUUCCAGACGCCGAUUUGGAACUGGCGGCGAAGAGCAUCGUCAAGGGUGGGUUUUCAUACAGUGGACAACGGUGCACGGCGGUGAAGAUUGUCGCCGUCUUUGAAGAAGUCGCGGAUGAACUUAUUGGCAAAGUGAACGAGCGAAUCGCCAAGUUAUCGGUGGGUCUCCCCGAGGACGACGCCACGAUCACCGCCGUGGUGUCCAAGAGCUCCGCUGAUUUCAUCCAGUCCUUGGUCGUCGACGCCGAGAGCAAGGGUGCCACGCUUUGCCAAGAGUGGAAGAGAGAGGACAACUUGAUUUGGCCGCUCUUGAUUGACAACGUCACGCACGACAUGAAGAUUUGCUGGGAGGAGCCGUUCGGUCCGGUGCUUCCGGUCGUGCGCGUGAAGAACGAGAACGAGGCGCUUGAGCUCGUGAACAAGUCCAGGUUCGGUUUGCAAGGGUGCGUCUUCACGAGGGACAUCGAUCGCGCGAUUCGGCUGAGCGACGCGAUGCAGACGGGAACGGUUCAAAUUAAUGGUCCACCGGCGCGCGGGCCCGAUCACUUCCCGUUCCAAGGCGUGAAAGACUCAGGCAUCGGUAGUCAAGGCAUCACGAAUAGCAUAAAGGUCAUGACGAAGGUUAAGUCGACCGUUAUCAACCUCGCGAAGCCGAGUUACACGAUAGCGUAG